CCUCGUCGUCCUUGCUCGGAAUUGUUUUGUAUUUUAUAUUUUUUUACGUUUUUGAUAUCCGCCAUUGGGAUCACCGAGCUCAGAUUAAUGUGGGCUUAUCCCACAUUCCUCUCUUUGAUGUAAUUUGCUGCUCGGGUGUUGCAUUGGCGGUGUUCGGUAAGUUUGUCGGUGGCAAGAUUGGGCAGGAUAUUCACUUUUCGUGGAGAACAAAACAAGGCCUGUUACUUGCCUGCUGAAGUGAAGUUUUGUGUGUGUGUGGAAAUUGUUUGUUCUCCGGCACAAGUGGAAUUUACCUUCACAAUAGUCACAAAUGCCUAAGCGAAGGAUAAGGUCGAAGAUUGGCAGGGGCUAUCUGCAUACGUUUGCUUGCCAUCGGCCACAUCCUUUUGAAAGAGAUAAGGAGCCUGGCAUUGAAGGACCUGGUUAUUCACGGGUUGUCCGAUGCAACCAGCCGUAUCUACAUGAUAAAAAGCCCCUCAAAUAUGCAUCGAAUCAUAUUUCGACAACUAAGUACAACAUCAUUACUUUCUUCCCCAAGGCCUUGUUUGAGCAAUUCAGACGUGUUGCCAACUUGUAUUUUCUCCUGGCUGCAGCUUUAUCAUUGACGCCUAUAUCGCCAUUUGGUCCUCUUAGCAUGAUUGCUCCGUUGGUCUUUGUGGUUGGAUUGAGUAUGGCUAAAGAAGCUCUGGAAGAUUGGCGUCGGUUUAUACAGGAUAUGAAGGUUAACUUAAGAAAAGUCAUGGUGCAUAAGAAAGAUUGUGUUUUUGGUCAUAAACCUUGGAUGCAGCUUCGGGUUGGUGAUGUGGUGAAAGUGGAGAAAGAUCAAUUCUUCCCUGCUGAUUUGCUUUUUCUAUCUUCAAGUUAUGAAGAUGGGAUUUGUUAUGUCGAAACUAUGAACUUAGAUGGAGAGACAAAUUUAAAAGUGAAACGAGCCCUGGAGGUAACAUUACCUCUGGAUGAUGAUCCAACUUUCAAGGAUUUCACUGCUACAAUCAAAUGUGAAGAUCCCAAUCCGAAUCUUUACACAUUUGUUGGGAAAUUGGAAUAUGACGAUCGAGUGCAUUCUAUUGAGCCUAAUCAGGUUCUCCUCCGUGAUUCGAAGCUUCGGAACACAGAAUAUGUCUAUGGAGUGGUGAUAUUCACUGGACAUGAUAGCAAAGUUAUGCAGAACUCCACGAAAUCGCCUUCUAAAAGGAGUAAGAUUGAGAAACAAAUGGACAAAAUAAUAUAUGUCCUGUUCAGUAUUUUGGUGCUCAUCUCUCUCCUUAGCAGCCUUGGUUUCUUUCUCCAAAUAAAAUAUUAUUCACCAAUGUGGUGGUAUUUAAAGGUACCGGACAGUAAAGGGCUUUAUGAUCCUGACCACCCACUAAAGUCUGGCUUUUAUCAUCUGAUCACUGCUCUUAUCUUGUAUGGAUACUUGAUUCCAAUAUCCCUCUAUGUGUCAAUUGAGGUUGUAAAAGUCCUCCAAGCUUUAUUCAUAAACCAGGAUAUUCAAAUGUAUGAUGAAGAGACUGGAACCCCUGCUGAGGCACGGACGUCGAACUUAAAUGAGGAGUUAGGACAAGUCGACACAAUCCUAUCCGAUAAAACAGGCACCUUAACCUGCAAUCAAAUGGACUUUCUUAAAUGCUCCAUUGCUGGUACUGCAUUCGGAACCCGGGCUAGUGAUGUCGAACUUGCUGCUGCAAAACAGAUGGAGUUGGACAGGCAAAUUGGAAACACAGAAGAUGAAGUUAUGGAAUCAGAUGCUCGAUUAGAGUCUGUUAUUACUUCAAAAGAUGAUGAUGGGGUAAAGCUUCCUAUAAAGGGGUUUAGCUUUGAGGACAGCAGGCUAAUGAAUGGGAGUUUUAUUAAUGAACCCAACAAGGAUGAUAUCUUGUUGUUUUUCAGAAUACUAGCAGUUUGUCACACUGCAAUUCCAGAGAAAAAUGAGGACUCCGGGACUGUCACCUAUGAAGCAGAAUCUCCCGAUGAAGGCGCGUUUCUUGUUGCUGCUAGAGAAUUUGGAUUUGAAUUCUGUAGAAGAACUCAGGCAGGUGUAUUUGUACGUGAGAGAUAUCCUUCUUUUCAUGAGCCUAUUGAAAGGGAGUAUAAAAUUCUUGGUCUGCUGAAUUUCACAAGCAAAAGAAAAAGAAUGACAGUAAUUGUUAGGGACGAGACUGGUCAGAUACUUCUCCUGUGCAAAGGAGCUGACAGUAUCAUUUUUGAUAGGCUAGCAAAGGAUGGGAAAAAGUAUCUGGAAUCCACCACGAAGCAUUUGAAUGAAUAUGGGGAAGCUGGAUUGCGAACGUUAGCACUGGCUUAUAAGAAACUUGAUGAGGCAGAGUUUUCUGCUUGGAAUGAAGAGUUCACCAAAGCAAAAACCUUAUUUGGUGGUGAUAGGGAAGCAAAUCUUGAGCGGGUUUCGGACAUGAUGGAAAGGGAUUUAAUACUUGUUGGUGCAACUGCUGUAGAGGACAAAUUACAGAAAGGAGUGCCUCAGUGUAUAGACAAAUUGGCACAAGCUGGUCUAAAGAUUUGGGUUCUAACAGGUGACAAAAUGGAGACUGCAAUUAAUAUAGGCUUUGCUUGUAGUUUACUCCGACAAGGCAUGAAGCAAAUAUGUAUAUCAACAGAUGUGGCCACACUACCCCAAGACGCCAAACAAGCUUCGAAGAAGGAUGUCCUCUUGCAAAUUUCCAAUGCCACUCAAAUGAUUGAGCAAGAAAAGGAUCCACAUGCUGCAUUUGCAUUGAUCAUCGAUGGGAAAACUCUAACUUAUGCACUGGAAGAUGAUAUGAAGCAUCAAUUUUUGAAUUUGGCGGUUGGUUGUGCUUCUGUGAUAUGCUGUCGAGUCUCACCUAAGCAGAAAGCUUUGGUCACAAGAUUAGUAAAGCAAGGAACUGGGAAGAUCACAUUAGCAAUUGGUGAUGGUGCUAAUGAUGUUGGUAUGAUUCAAGAAGCAGACAUUGGUGUUGGCAUUAGUGGAUGUGAAGGAAUGCAGGCUGUAAUGGCUAGUGACUUUUCGAUUGCACAAUUCCGAUUUCUGGAGAGGCUUCUUGUUGUACAUGGACACUGGUGCUACAAAAGAAUUGCUCAGAUGAUUUGUUACUUUUUCUACAAAAACAUUGCUUUUGGCCUUACAAUCUUCUACUUCGAGGCUUUCACUGGUUUUUCUGGGCAGUCAGUAUAUGAUGACUGGUACAUGCUGCUAUUUAAUGUUGCCCUCACGUCCCUUCCCGUUAUCUCACUUGGAGUGUUUGAGCAAGAUGUGGACUCUGAAGUGUGCUUGCAGUUCCCGGCUUUGUAUCAGCAAGGUCCAAAGAAUUUGUUCUUCGACUGGCCAAGAAUAUUUGGGUGGAUGGGAAAUGGCCUCUACACUUCUCUCGUAGUAUUCUUCCUGAACAUCAUUAUCUUCUAUGAUCAAGCUUUCCGCGCUGGAGGCCAGAUUGCUGACAUGACUGCAGUCGGGACUGCUAUGAUGACUUGUGUUAUUUGGGCCGUCAAUUGCCAAAUCGCCUUAACGAUGAGCCAUUUCACAUGGAUCCAGCACUUCCUCAUAUGGGGUAGUGUCACCACAUGGUACCUGUUUCUUUUAAUUUACGGAGAGAUGCAUUACGCCCUGCAGAAAAACACCUUCAGAAUUCUCAGGGAAGUUCUAUCUCCGGCGCCUAUUUACUGGUCUACAACCCUCUUAGUAACCAUCCUGUCUAAUCUCCCCUACCUCACUCACAUUUCAUUCCAGAGAAUGUUCAACCCAUUGGAUCAUCAUGUCAUUCAAGAGAUUAAGUACUACAAGAAGCACAUCGAGGACGGAAAAAUGUGGAUAAGGGAGAGCUUCAAGGCGCGUGAGCACACCAAGAUUGGCUUCUCAGCAAGAGUUGAUGCCAAAAUCAGACACUUAAAAGGAAGGUUGCAGAAAAAGCACACGUUGGCUAAUAACAACGAUUUAGUGCACCGAGCUUAGCACUUCCAUACGGUAGUAUUCUUAGUAGCUUCUCAGUGCAAGGAAAAUUUUGAUUGAGAUUGAUUUUCUUUCCUCAGUGUAUGUACAUCUAUAGAGGAGUUGACAUAGUUUGUUUACCAAAGCACUGAGAAGCUAUUGCAUGUAUGAUAUUUAUACACCAAUUUAAUUGAA